AUGUCUGAAAGUGCUAUUCUAAUGCCAUUCAUCUGCAAAUGGUUAGGUGCUCAUUCAAAACCACAGUACUUUGAAACCCAGGAAAAACUUAGAAAUCACAUUGAUAAUCACAACAUCAAUUCUUGCAACAAAGCUUUUCGAGGAGACCCAAUUUAUAUAUGUCCAUGGGAAGGUUGCAAGAAACAUCAGAGUGAUAUUAUUAAAUUAGAAGGUAUAAAAAUAUGUCAAAUACUUUUUGGCUUUGCUAGCUCCACCAAUACUAAGCUAUUAUUGUAUCUUGCAGAACAUUUACAUAAGCACACUCAACAAAGACCAUUUAAGUGUCCAAUUUGCAAUGGUUUGCGAUUUGGCUCCCCUGAUGCACUAAACCGACACUUGAUUAUCAACCACAAUGAUAGCAUUGUGGACUCUACAGGCACUGAUGAUGAUACAUUAUAUGAUGAAAAUGAAAAACUGAAUUUAGGAAAAGUCAAAGAUGAAAUUGAUGUUCUUGUGAAAGAAAAAGCCAGCAAAGAUGAAGCUGCCAUUCUUAUUAAAGGAAAAGACAAUCAAAAUGAAAUUGUAUCAACAAGUCAUACCACAAAAUUAUCUUAUCGUGAUGUUCUUGUUAAAGGAAGAGUUGAUGAAAAUGAAGACACAAAAAGUUUUAUGUCUAGACGUUAUGAAUAUGAAAGUGCCAUAUGGGAUUUAUACUGUCAAGGAAUGGAAGCUAUCUCAUUAUUGCCAGAUGAGCCAGUAGUUGAUUAUGAUUUGGAUAAUGAAAACUAUGAUGAUUUACCUGAUGUGCCACAGGAAGAAUUGUCCGAGGCUGAACAGGACAAACUUAUGUGGGAAUCAUUUUUUGAAGCUCAUAAGGGUUCGAAGGCUGUUGAGUUAUUUAGUAAAGCCUUUGAAAUGUUGGAGAGCAUGAAAUCUGGGUCAUAUUUACAGCAAAAAUAG